ACUUACUCACAUCAGGAAAUAAAUUUUGGAAGGGAAUCCUGAAAAGCUUUCUUUAAUUAAUUCCGCCAUUUUUGGCCAAAAAUAAUCUCAGCCAAUUAGUAAAAAGUCGAUUAAUUCUUUAUCGGAGCGCUGCUAAUUAUAGGGAUCCGGAAAUGAGAAAAAUAGCCACAACGGAUUACUGGACUGGCUCGAUAGCCCGACUGGCUGACGCACACACAUCGGUCAGGUUUACGUCAAGAUAGGUCGGUUACCUGGAGAUAACUGUAAAAUGUCAUCGGCGAAUGUGUGUCAGGUAUGGACUUGACGCCGUGCAUGUAUUACGGUAUGACACCGCUGGCUGGUUGGUUCACGACCGUUUUGUCAAUUAUGCCACCGCCGUCACUGCGGUCCUAAAAAGAAGAAAAACAGCCGCGUUAUAUAUCUGAAUCCGAGCUCAUCCCAAGCGCACGAACAAGAAAGAAUCGCAAAGCGUCAUGGAGGGAACAGAAGUUACAUUUUUAUUCCAGUUUGGUCUGACACGUGACACAGUCACAGUUGACAGUAGCACACUUACUCUUAAGACUCUGAAAGACCUCGCCUGUGAUUUUAUAAACACCAAGUGUCCAGAGCAUGGCUUAAAUCAUCUAUUUGAGAGAUUAAUUUUAUUUAAGCAUGAUUACAAUUCUACAAAUGUCUUACAGCUUAUUACAAAUGCUGCAGAAGUAAUUGACGAAACACUAAUUGAAAUUGUGUUAACUGCACAAGUGCCAAGUGAAUACAUUCCUAUUCGACCUCAUGCUUUAGCAGUACAUUCCUACAAAGUUCCAACAUUCUGCGAUUUUUGCGGUGAAAUGUUAUUUGGUCUUGUUCGACAAGGUCUCAAAUGUGAAGGUUGCGGUAUGAAUUAUCACAAGAGAUGUGUCAUUAAAGUACCAAAUAAUUGUUCCCAAGAUGCGAGUCAAAGACGACGUAGUUCAGCUAUGUUGAAUGUUCCGAGAUCACCGAGUCAAGGUUCCACUAGCAGCCUGACAAGUAUUACUGAUGAUAAUCACAGUUCAAAUAGUACAUCUAAUGCAAGCCAAACUAAUAGUACAUUGGGCAUACCAAGUAUAAUGACACCAAAACAGUCUGCUUCACCAUCAUUGGGAGGACGGCCUGUUUGGGUUGAACGAGAGCUUGCGACGCGAAUAAAAAUUCCGCAUACAUUCGUAGUACAUACAUAUACACGUCCGACUGUGUGUGGGCACUGUAAAAAAUUAUUAAAGGGUAUAUUUAAACAAGGCCUGCAGUGUAAAGAUUGCCAAUAUAAUACGCACAAAAAGUGUAUGGAUAAAAUACCUAAAGACUGUACAGGAGAAAAUUUGCGAGACAAUAUAGGUGAAUAUCCAGAUAGUGGUGUCAGCAGCGAAUUAGAAACCAAAUGUGAUAUUAGGAAUGAAGAAGGUGAUGCUGAUAGUGAUACAGAAUCGUCACCUCCGCCGCAAGACGUAUCGUUCACAAAUGACGAGAAUAAGAUACCCGAUGAUUAUACAGAUCAUGUACAAAGUAAUGACGACGCUGUUUCUGAUGAAAAUCAUAAAUCACGACCGUCAAGCUGUAGUUCUACGCCGAGUAACAACAUUCCAUUAAUGCGAAUAGUACAAAGUGUGAAACAUACUAAAAGACGAGGAUCUAAAGUAUUAAAAGAAGGUUGGAUGGUACAUUUCACUAAUCGUGAUCCAGUUAGAAAGAAACAUUAUUGGCGGCUUGACACAAAGUCUAUAACGCUAUUUCAGAACGAGAAUAGUUCUAAAUAUUACAAGGAAAUACCAUUGUCUGAAAUUACAGCAAUUGAAACUGCUAAAACACCUCGUUCAUAUGUAAUACAUUGCUUUGAACUAAAAACUGCCAAUGUUGAUUAUUAUGUCGGGGAGGAUCCAUCAUAUGGAGAGAAUUGCGGCCAAGUCUCUCCUCCCGAAAGCGGUAUCGGGGCUCAUAUAGCUAGAUCAUGGGAAACUACUAUUAGACAAGCACUUAUGCCUGUAACUGUAUCAACUAAUCAAGAGGAAUCUACUGAACCCGAGGAAAGCAUUACCGAUAUGUCGCAAUUGUAUCAAAUCUUUCCGGAUGAAGUUUUAGGGUCCGGACAAUUCGGCAUAGUUUACGGGGGUGUUCAUCGGAAGAGCGGUCGCGCGGUUGCUAUAAAGGUUAUUGAUAAAUUACGUUUUCCCACCAAACAAGAAGCCCAAUUGAAAAACGAAGUAGCUAUUCUACAAAAUUUAUCACAUAGUGGUGUAGUGAAUCUGGAACGUAUGUUUGAAACGCCAGAACGAAUAUUCGUGGUGAUGGAGAAGCUGAAGGGUGACAUGCUGGAAAUGAUUUUGAGUUCCGAACGCGGACGACUAAGUGAAAGAAUAACCAAAUUUCUGAUAACCCAAAUUCUGGUCGCAUUAAAACAUCUUCAUAGCAAGAACAUCGUGCACUGCGAUCUGAAGCCGGAAAACGUAUUAUUAAGCAGUGAUACGGAUUUCACUCAAGUAAAACUAUGCGACUUUGGAUUUGCACGAAUAAUUGGUGAAAAAAGUUUUCGAAGAAGCGUCGUUGGCACACCGGCGUAUCUGGCACCAGAAGUGUUGCGAAAUAAAGGCUACAAUCGUUCUCUAGAUAUGUGGAGCGUCGGUGUAAUUAUUUACGUGUCAUUAAGUGGCACAUUCCCGUUUAACGAGGAAGAGGAUAUUAACGAACAGAUUCAAAAUGCCGCCUUCAUGUAUCCGCCGACUCCGUGGAAAGAAAUUUCAAAUGACGCUAUUGACUUGAUUAAUAAUCUUUUGCAAGUUAAGCAGAGAAAAAGAUAUACAGUAGAUAAAAGUUUGCAGCAUGUAUGGCUACAAGAUUAUCAAACAUGGUGCGAUUUGAGGAAAUUGGAGCAAAAAAUUGGCUAUCGUUACUUGACUCAUGAAAGCGAUGAUGCACGUUGGAUGGCAUAUAGUAAUCAAGAGACAUGACAGAACUGUUCGUCUGUUUUGAACAUUGAAACUUUACCGACUUCUUUGUCACUGCACAAAGGCUGGGUUCGAUGUGCUCGAGCUACUCUACGGCGGUUUAUUCGUGCCUGAUUCCGUAAAAGUACGUGAAAACUAGUACAAGCUUUUUCGGUCAAUAUCCCGAAUGUUAUGUUCUCCGUACUUAUAUAAGAGAAUGAGAUCUAUAUCGAUACUUUGAGUUUGCUUACAUUCUGGGAUAUAUCUAUUGUUUCUUCAAUAUUCUUAAUAUUUAAAUGUAUUCAUAAAAACUUUGAUAAUAUUAACAUUCUUAUAUUCUUAACAAAAUAAUUUUGAUUCGCGAUAUAGUAUAUGUAAUGAUAUAAAUGAGUAAAAAAUACUCUAUAUAGAUCUAGACUUAUAAACUCUAUGUAGAUAAUAGAUCAUUAUUAUUCAUGAAAUAUUUGAUUCAUGAAAGAUUUGAUCAUAAAUAUUUUGAUUGGUAAAUGGACAGAGAGUACAUAAUAUUUCUUUUUAAAUAUAUGUAUCAAAUUUUAAUUGUUAAAAUUAUGUCUCUCUUCAAGCUAUGUUGUAAUGUAACACAUUUUUAUUACUUGACUCUAUAUGACUAACGUUAUUUUAUUAUAGAUAUGUUUUUCCAAAUUAUAGAUAUGUUUUUCCAAAUUUUUUAUUAGAUUUGUUAAUACUUUUUUUAUGAUAUAUCUUGUUACUCUUAUAAAUAUUGAUUUAUUUAUAAAGAGAUUCGAAUUUUCUAAAUAUUAUUGAUAAAAAUUAUUUAUGCAUCUACUAUUAUCUCAUAUUUUUAAAAGAUUUUGAAACAAAGUACUUGUUGAUAUAAUAUAUAUUUUAUUGAUUUAACUUGCUUUUUAAUAUAAAAUUUAUUGCAUUCUAAGCAAUAAAUUGAGGGAAGCAACGAGACAGAAGAGAUGCAAAUUUUUUGCUUUUAUAACAAUAUAAUAAUGAACAUAACUAUCUAUAACCUAUGCAUAGAAUAUUUUUUUCUUACUUAAAUUUCAACAUAUUUGUUUUAAUUUUGCCUAUAUAUUAUUUAUAUUCUAAAAUUGUAUAUUGCCAAGUUAUUAAAUCAUUUUGGAAUUUAAAUAAUUCAGAUGGAUUAUUAUUAAUUUAAGAUUUACUAAUUUAAAAUUUACUAAUUAUGUAUUUUUAAAGAAAGGCUGACAUUUUUAUACUUUGUGUGUAUGAAUCUCAAUUUUAUUUUAUUUUUAAAUAUUCUAUGUAUAGAUAUAGAUAUAAUUGCUGAAAUAUUGAGAUGCACAAUGUGCUAGCAUAUAGAUAGAAUACUAUAUAUUAGUUGAUAUUAGAUUAUUUAUGUUGCAAAAUGUAUAAUUUAUAUAAAUAUUUUUAUAUAUCUUUUUAUACAUCUUUAUCUUUAUAUUAUAUAUUAUAAUUUUAAUAAUUUUAUUAUGCAUAUUUUGAAAAAGACAUUUUCAAUUUAUUUUUUUAUAAGAAAAGAAGAAAGAUUUUAUCUAAAUUUCUAGAAAUUUUAUGAAAAUUUAUCUUACAGCACACACACACACACACACACACACACACACAUAUGUAUAUAGAAACAGUAUACAUAUAAACCAAUAACAUAGUAUUAUACACAUAUAUAAAUCUCAAUUUUUAGCAGCAAUCGGUGAAUUUUAAUAUUAAUUUAAUCGUUUAUAAUGCAAAUUUUAUAGCUAUACAAGAAAAAUGAAGUUGAUUUGGAUUAAUAGAGAAAUUACUAUUGCAUAGAGCCCUACAUUAUAAUAUAGGACUAUGUCAUAAUAUAGGACUCUACUAGUGCAUGCAAAUUUUUUAAAAUUAAAAUAAUGCAAAGAUCUGAUCAUAUUUGUUAAAUAAAUUUAAAAACAAUCUUGAAAUAAUUUUUAAUUAACAAGUAAUGAUCAUUGAUUAUCUCUUUAUACACUUAUAUUCAUUUAGAGAACAUUUUGUGGCCUCUUUAAAGAAAAUUUAGAUCCAAUAAUUUUUCUUAAAAUAGAAUUUAAUAGAAAGAUCCGCGCGCGACAAUGUUUUUGCAUGAUCCUGCCAAUUGAUUUAUUAAUAUAUUAAUUAAUGUGUUUCAAAUAUGUUAAAUUUGAUAAAAAUAAGAUAUAAUUGAUAUUUUCUUUGAAAAGAUAUUAUAGUCUGUAAAAUACGCACACGCGUGCACGCACGCGACACAUACCCACAUAUUCGAUCUGAAAUAAAUAUUCGAUUUGGAUAUAUAUUAAAUCGUGAAUUAACAUUAAACUCUUAAAAUAUGGCCUAUAUCUUCAACAAUUUUACAAUUAAUAGUACAGAAAAUUAUUUUAUCCUAUAUCAUACAUGUAACGCAACAGUGCGGUUUUUACAUUCCCUAAGUACAGUAAAUAUGAGAUAUCCAAUAGAUAUUAUAAUAGAAAAUGACUAAAAAGAUGGUCAAUAUUUAUAACAUAAGAGAUACAAAUAGACGUUAAUACAGGCGCAUUAAUUGUUAUAUUUUAUAACAAUUUUUAAAAGUUUAUUGUAAUCUUAUUUAUAUAGAGAUAUGUAUAUCGUAGAUCAAUGUUUAUGCGCAUAUUACAUAUAUAUUUAAGAAUCUAUUUACGCUACACAAAUGUAAUAUACUUAUAAGUCAUACGAUAUCAACAUUCUGCUCAUGGAAAAUGCAUUUACAAUACUCUUAGUGAGGCAUUUAAAUCUCCUUCUUCCAAAAAAGGAAAAAAAAAACUUUAAUGUAGAAACAAAGAUAUUAUUGUCGAAUACUCUUAUAUUCUUAUUAUUAUAUGCUAAUCUUAUGCUUUUUCGCGUUCGUAGUUUAACGGCAGAAUAUAUAAACCAUGUAUGUAUGUUUAUAUAUAUAUAUAUAUAUAUAUAUAUAUAUAUAUAUAUAUAUAUAUAUGUAACAAUAUAUUUAUAUAAUACUUGAAAUUUAUAUUAAUUCAUAAUUGUACACAUAAAUUCGACUUAAAUUUCAUUCUACACACAUUUUAAGUAAAGUUAAUAAUUUAAACAAAAAAUUCGCUAUAUUAUAGCGCAAUUAAGUGAUAUAUGUAUAUAUAUAUAUAUACAUCAUUCAUUCCAACAUAAAAACAGACAGACAUGUUACAAAAUGCAAAUAUUUAAAUAAUAAUGUGAAUUAUCGGCUAUUGUGUACUUAAAAUGUCGUAGAAUAUCCAAUUUAUAUAUACUAUCAAAUCUCUUUUUCUUGUAACAGUAAUGAAGAAUAAAUAAUAAUUAGCGACAUUGACGAUUAGAUCUAUAUACGCAUUUCUCUUCAUAACUUUACAUUGCGUAAAGCAAUUUCAAUUAUAUAAAGAUAAUAGGCGGAAAAAUUAUAUAGAGAAUCGUGAUUAGCGUGAAAGCGUUCAUUUUCCCAAUUCGCAAGUUUUAUAAAAACGAUUUUUCCAUAAAUAAGCUAUGUAUAACUAUUUUUAAGAACAAAAUAAAUAACGAGAUUUGUUUUCACAA